AUGCCCACCUCUCACAAGAAGCUUGCUGCCGCCCGUGCAAGAGCAGCACAAUGGCAAACUCAGUCUCUGACAUCUGAACAUAGCAAUUCCACUCCCACCACCAAAAAACCAUCUCCACUACUCCCAACACAUGCUGCGGAGGCACCUGAAAGCUUCAACAUUGAAUUCUGUCCAAUAGAGCUGGAUUUCGAAUGUCUUUCUGACUGUGUUUAUACGGGUGGUGUCAGCUGUUGGUCAGAUGAUGAUAUUAUUGAGUACCAACCAGACACAUUUUCAGAAAGUACUCUGUCAGACUGUGAAAGCCUCUGUGAGCUUGAGGGAGAUGAUUUGGAGUACAAUUUAAGGCAACUCACAGCAAACACCAAUUCAAAAGCCCUUGAGUUGACAGCAGAUGAGGCUGACACAUUGUUCAAGAUCAUUUCGAAGCCAACAACAAAUGUGAUUUGGAGGAAGGUGGAACAAAAUAGAUUGCUGGGAUACAAUGGACUGUCAGAUCAUUCUUGGCGUCGGAGGGAUAAGCUGGCCCGAGACCAAGCUGAACACCGAAAAAAGAUGAAGACUUUAGACAAUCUACAGGUUGCAUGUAUGCAGCAGUGGUGUGUACCCAAAGACUCAAACACUAUGUCCGAUGUUGAACGAAAUACACAUACACACAGUGCACUGGCAGUCGAUUUUUCUGGUUACCUUUCCGACGAGUCCGAGGAUCAUUUUGACUCAGAUACUGACAGUGAACACGAGGAUGAAUACAGAGUUACAGGAAGUAGUCGAGGUGUAAGCAGCCGCUUGCCUGCUGUUCCACUGCUCAAGCGGCGCAAGCUCGAGAUCCCUUUUCGCAUGGAGUGGAAAAAUGCGAAGGAAAGGCGUGCAGAUGAGAGGCAUGUGGCAUUGGAGGCAAUUGAAAAGCUGUUGAAGUCGAAGAAAACAAACUUUAGAGGCCACUCUUCAAUUGAAGCAUCUGAAUGUGCUGCUGAAAGUCAUGGGUUCGCAGCUGUCUGGGGCAGCCAUCAACUGCGCAGCUGGACCCAUAACUGGGUGACCAAACGGGAGCUCCCUCGUUCAUUGACUGGUCAUCAUGCCAAGGUGUAUUCAUUGCUUGAUGACCCAGCAGUAGCUGCUGAGCUUCACACUUAUGUUCAUUUGAACAAGUGGGCAAUCAAUCCUGAAAAGCUGGCAGAGUUCUCAAAGAGCAAGUUGACACCCUCAGAAGCAGAAAAAUACCUUCACACCAUUGUCAACGAUGAGAUGCCCCGUGGAUUGAAGCAUUACAUGGAACUGGAGUUGUUUCCUCAAAUUCACCUCAAAAUCGGACGUGGAAUUUCACUUGUCACUGCUCGCUGA